CUGGCUGUACCGGCAGCGGGCCUCCGUUCUCUCCUGGUGUCUGAGCUGGUCGUGGUGUCACCAUGUCCCUGGCGGCCUCGGCGGGCAGGGGCCCGGGGACCCUGUGGUCCCCAACCCACGUGCAGGUGACGGUGCUGCAGGCGCGGGGUCUGCGGGCUAAGGGCCCGGGGGGUACGAGCGACGCGUACGCGGUGAUCCAGGUGGGCAAGGAGAAGUACGCCACGUCGGUGUCGGAGCGCAGCCUGGGCGCGCCGGUGUGGCGGGAGGAGGCCACCUUCGAGCUGCCGCCGCUGCUGGCGUCCGGGGCCGCACCCGCGGCCGCCGCCACCCUGCAGCUCACCGUGCUGCACCGCGCGCUGCUCGGCCUCGACAAGUUCCUGGGCCGCGCCGAGGUGGACCUGCGCGAGCUGCACCGGGACCAGGGCCGCAGGAAGAAGCAGUGGUAUACCUUAAGAUCCAAGCCAGGAAAGAAGGACAAAGAGCGUGGAGAAAUUGAGGUGGAUAUCCAGUUCAUGAGAAACAACAUGACUGCUAGCAUGUUUGACCUCUCAAUGAAAGACAAACCUCGGAACCCAUUUGGAAAACUGAAAGACAAGAUCAAAGGGAAGAAUAAGGAUAGUAUGUCUGAUACGGCCUCUGCCAUUGUCCCCAGUGUGACACCCUCCAUAGACAGUGAUGAUGAAUCUUUUUCAAAAGACAAGAAAAAGAAAUCAAAGAUCAAGACUUUGUUUUCCAAAUCGAAUUUGCAGAAAACACCGCUUUCCCAGUCUAUGUCUGUCCUGCCUACUUCAAAGCCAGACAAAGUGCUACUUCGGCCUGGAGACUUCCAGUCUCAGUGGGAGGAUGAUGACAAUGAAGACGAGUCCUCCUCCGCCUCAGACAUCACGUCCCAAAAGAGAGCAGUGAGUGCGGAUCCGAAACAACUGAACCAAAUCAACUUCAGCCUUCCCAAGAAAGAAGGGUUGUCCUUUCUUGGGGGCCUUCGGUCCAAGAACGACUUCCUUUCCCGCUCUAACAUCUGUAUCAAUGGGAACCAUGUUUACCUGGAGCAACCAGAGGCCAAGAGUGAAACCAAGGACAGCAGUCCAUCUAAUUCCCCAUCACCCCAGGGCUUCCGGAAGAAGCAUUUGUUCUCCUCCACUGAAAACCUUGCCAUUCGGUCUUGGAAGGAGGCUGGGGAAGGUGACAGCACCUCUUCCGACAGGCGGCUGUCUGAGACCUCCACCAAGGGCUCUCCAAAGUCCACGGACUCGCUGAAGUCCAUGUCUCUGCCAUCCUACCGUCCUCUGGCCAGUGGGGACAUUAGGGAAAACAUGGCUCCAGUGAACUUGGAGGUUGUCAGAGAAACCAAAGAUAGCAAAAAACCAGAGAGCAAGAAAUCCUCUUUGCUUUCUCUGGUGACAGGAAAGAAGGAUGUAGUGAAGGGCAGUGAAAGUGAAAGCCCUCAUGCUGUCCCCUCCAAGGAGAAGGAAGGCAUGCUUGCAGAAGCCCAGCCCAAGGAGGAAGACCCGGUGAGAAGGUCGGAGAAAGUUGCUGCAGAUGUUACUUCCAGACAGGGCAAUUCCCUCAAUCCCUUUGAAGACGUGCAGAUCUCAGAGCCAGAAGUGGGACAGGAGACCACGUGUGAACCAAAGCCACCCAUUCCUUCUGCGAGGGUUCCGCAGACCAAAGCUGUGAAGCCUCGACUGGAAGUGUCUCCAGAGGCUCAAUCCAAAGCCAGGUUUCCUUCUUCCCUCAACUCUCCUCUUCUUUCCUCUGCUCUUCUUCCUAGCUCUGGUCAGACACUUGACCUUUCUGAAUUAGGACAUGGUUCAGAGACAGACUCCUCUGAAAGUCCCUCUGUCUCCUCAUCUUUCUCAUCCCCCAUUACAGCUCCUAUUUCUACAUCUACUCCAAUUGAACACUGGGCCCCCACGGGCGAGGGCCAGAUCAGUUCUGAAGAACCACCUUUGCUCCUUAAAGCAGGCUGGCAAAAGGAGAGUUCAGCACCAGUUCCAAACACUGGCUCCUCUGCGUUGGGAUCACUUUGCAAACAGACACCCAUCGCAGUGUGGGAAAAAACAGGAGAUACUCCAAGGAGCAGGAACAGUGAGUCUGACCUGGUAAGGGAAGCUAGCAGUGAUGAAUCAGGAAAUCAUCUUCAGGAGCAGCAAGAGGCUCUGAGGGUUUCCUAUCAAGAACAAGAGGACUGUAUCCACUGCCCUGAAGAGGCUCACAGAGCACCAUUUGCUCUUUUCCUCAGCAGUGGCACAAUCACAGGUCUCUCCCAGAAGCCUGUAGCUGAGGGAGAUACAGACAUUGGAAAUCAGUCUAGAUCUUUGAGGGAGAACAGAGUUAGGGGUGGUAGAUUGACUCCUACAGUCAAAGAAUUAGCAUCUCCCCUUCGGGUGGAAGAAGUAGCCCUCCCAUUGGACACCAUGACACAGAAACAUGAAGAGCUGGAUCUGAACACCAGUGAGGCCCCAAAGAAAGUAAAAAAGCGUGUGUCCUUUUCUGAGCAGCUCUUUAUACAAGAGGAGGUGGAGAAACCCACAGGAUUAGGAGCAGAAGACAAAAGGCAUCCCCAGAAGCUGGCCUGUGAGGAGGCUGUCCCGGGAACCACAUCUAGCAUGGAGCCCCUCAGCCUUCCUCACACAGAUGACACAGAGCAGGAGCCUGUGGACACAGAAGACCAGCGCCUCAUCCCCUCUCAUGAGGAGAGCUUCUCCCAAGACCCCACGAGUGAAGCAAGCUCAGUAAAAGGCAGCCUACUUUUCCAGAUCGAAGGGGAUAAUACCCUCACAGCUCAGUAUCAGAGCAAAGCCAGCGAUCAUGAAGGCCUAUUGUCUGAUCCCCUGAGUGGUCUUCCCUCCGCCUCUGAUGUGAAACCUCCCCCUAUGACUGAUCUGAACUUGUCCCUUCCUUCCAUUCCUGAAGUGGCCUCAGAUGAUGAGAGAGUAGAUGAGGUUGAAGGUAUGAGGGAGACAGCAAAGCCAAGAGUGCCAGAAGUAGAAGCUCCAUCCUUCGGUGGGUCCCCUCCCUUUCCUGCGGAGGCAGGGGGGCUGAAUGGUGGGGUGUCUGGGUCUUCUUCCACAGAGAAUCUGCUUGUCCUAAGGCUACAAGCCUCCAAAGCAGCUUCUGUAGAGCAGACAGUAGCUUUGGGAAUUCAUAAAUCACAUCUUGACGUAGAUGAGCAGUUGCCAGACUCUGAUAUUUGUGAAGAAACAAAGGCCAAGGAAAGUGGGAUGCCCAGUCAGCCUGCUGGCUCAUCUCUGGACUCUCCUGUACCCAGCCCCUCCCUCUCUGAGACCUUUCCUGCUACACAUUCUUUCCCCAGCUCUCCACAUUCCCACACUCACCACACCAUUGCAGCAGAAUCUCAAAAACAAGCAACAGCUGAGGGCUCCGCUGCUAAAGUUGACAAUUUUGGCAAGAGGAAGCCGCUUCUUCAGGCCUGGGUCUCACCCUCAGAGACACAUCCAGUCUCAGCUCAGCCAAGCACAGGAACGGGGGCAGCCAAGCACAGACUCCAGCCUGUGAAACCAAUGAAUACAACAGCCACCAAGAUCACCAACUCCAGUUUGGGAACUGCCACCAUCAUCAGUGAGAACCUCAUCAAUGAAGCAAUGAUGAAGAAAUACAACCCUUCAGACCCUGCCUUUGCCUAUGCACAGCUGACCCAUGAAGAGCUGAUCCAGCUGGUCCUCAAACAGAAGGAAACCAUAAGUAAGAAGGAGUUCCAGGUCCGAGAGCUGGAAGACUACAUUGACAAUCUGCUAGUCCGGGUCAUGGAAGAAACUCCUAACAUCCUUCGCGUUCCGGCUCAGGUUGGCAAAAAAGCAGGAAAAAUUUGAAUCACCAGAACCAAACACCAAGAUGGUUUUGUGAGCCUGUUUCUACCAGCCCUUGAUAUCAGGCCUUGGACUGUCUCAUAACCAGCCAACAGACAGCCUACCAGUCACCAUCUCCCUUGCAUCUUAUCUGGAGAGAGUUAAUUCUACCAGCUGAAGUCAGAUUAAUUAUACAACAAAUCUUUUACUGUACAUUCCCAGGGUUUUAGUUUUAAUUGCCACUGUGCCUUUAAUUGGGUUAGAAGUACUUUAUGCCCACCAGAGAUAUAGUCAAUAAGAACUGAUCCUGAGCCAGAGGUUCGGAUGGUACCAUAAGUACUGAUAUUUUAACACUGAAGUGAUUAUUCUUCCAUAAUGAAACUUUUUGAAUACUAAUCUCCAGCCAUUAAAAUUUAGAAUGAAAUGAGAAAGUGCCCCUGAAUUUGGUGCUGAGUUUUGCCUACUUUCUUGUUCUUUGAGCAGCUCAAGUAUGUGACUUUUCUGCUGUAGAUUUAAAUUUUUGAUACCAAAUAAAUUGACUAGGCUUCUCAGAUUUUUUUUGGGGGGGGUUAGGAAGGGACUGGAAAAGAACUUCUGUGUGUGUGCCUCUUUCAAACAUCAGUAGCCAUCAUUCUCUAGCCUUAACAUAUGACCCACAGGAUCUUCUCCUAGAUACUUAGAGAAGAAUAGGCAUUAAAGAAUUGCUUUCACUCGGUUGGGGGGGAAUUCAGUGAAAGCUCUCCUCUGGUGACAGGUGAGUAUCUGCUGGCUCCACUGGCCUGUUUAGUGCCUUCACCCUCAUAAGGGAUGGGUAAGCCUACUAAGACAGUUCUAGGUUAUAGAGAACUAUUUCAAUAAGUCCCUUUAGCUAUUUCCAUUAGUGCUUUUGCUUGGCCUGAGCAGCAUUUCCUGGAGGGCAGCGGGGCCCAUAGAUGAAGGGUGGGCCAGGCUGAGGAUGUGGCUCAGUAGUAGAGAGCUUGGCCAGUAUGUGUGAGGCCCUGGGUUCCAUCCCCAGCAUCACAUAUCUUGCCUCCUGAAUACCUUGCUUAAAAGGAAAUCCAAGUUAUGUCUUGGAUAUAGAAGAUACAAUGAAGGAUUUAAUAUAGUUAGUAAAAUUUAAAAGGCAGUAGAGAACAGAAAUGCCUUAGCUUUUAAAUGGUUGCAUCUUUUUAGAUAAUAGAUUCACAGAUAUUUUACUCUUUGGUUAGAGGAGCAGGGCUGGGGUAUAGCUCAGCUUACUUAUAAUGGCGUGAAAUGCUGGAUUUCUCCCUAGCACCAUAAAAAUCAAAUAAAAAAAUUACAAGUAGCAAGAAGAUGAUACUUAUUUUUUGAUUGCUACUUUGUUUUUUUGCGUCAAGGAUUUACUAUUAGGCCAGGCUAGCCUCAAUGGAUGCUCCUGCCUCAGCUUCCCAAGUGCUGGAAUUACAGGUGUAUGUCAUACACCUGGGUGGGUUGCUAUAUUUUACAAACUAGGUUAAUAUGCAUGUAUAUUUUUAACUAGGGCACUGGGCCCUUUCUUAAUAGCACCACAUCAGAUUUUUAGGAUAAUAAUUUCACUACUGGUCACCUCAUGCUUGAAUUAGAAAGUUUUGUUUUGCUAAUUUUUUUUUCCCUCCUGGUUGUAAUAGAAUCUCAAGUCUUGACAAUUCUCUUGGGAGAAAAAUUAUGUCAGGCCAGUGUCGAGGGCAGGCUUGAGAGUAAAUUUAGAAUCUCUUCUGUGAAUGCUCUUGUCAUGUAGAGGGUAGAAAGCAAGAUGGCUGGCAGCCUAAACCCUUUUCAGGAUUGUGCUUGCCAUGACAUUGUUUAGAUUGGAGCACUUUAAUAUGAAGGUAACACUGUAUGUUCAUCUAGCUUACUGGCUUUUAAUGACACACAGCUAUUUAAUUUAAUUUAAUUCUCUCCUACAGUACCAGGGAAACACUGUAAACUUCUCAGAUGACUUGUAUUUUUAUAGUGCUAUGAAAAUUAUUGAUAAGCCUGUAAUGAAAAUUGUCUACUCGCUUGAACUCUGAAAAUGUAUAUGGAUAUGUAUCUGUUCUGCAUCCUGUUGUUGUUGUUGUUUUUUACUUGAUAUAACUAUAUUUGACUGUGACAACCCAAGGGCACUGGGGAGCAGGUGUGCUUAGCUUCUCUUCCUUGGAACGGAUGAGGUAUGGACCUGCCUUGUUCAUUAGGAGCUCAGAGAUACCUGCUGCUAGGAUCUGAGUAUGUGGAGAGUCAUCUAGCUGGAGGAGUGAAUUCCUGUGCUCUGAAAUGCCACUUGGGAACUCUGAAGAAUGAAGGACAAUUUACUUCAUGGGUGUCUGGCUUCUGCCAGAGCUGGAAGAAAUUCGUUAAUAGCAUUCCUGUUACCACAUAACAUAGAUAACCUGGAGUUGCUAACUGUUGAUUCAGUGUGGGCCCUGGGGAAGGGGUUUAUUUAAGAGAAGCUGUACCUUGCUCUGCUAGCAGCAGAGGUCAGUGAAUUGGAGUGUUGGAGCUCCUGGAUCUGGCAUAUGCCAGUGAGCUUCAUUUGGAUGUCAUCUUCAAGAAAAAGGUCACCUAUGGCCCACUUGUUUCAUAGCAUCUCAUUCCUUAGCAGAUGUCCUGUUCUCCCCUUUUGUU